GCGAGGGGGCGGGGCGGCGACCGGGGGCGGACAAUGGGGGCGCGGGGAGGUGGCAGCAGGAAAAUGGCAGCGGCCGGAGGUAGCGCGGGGUGCUCGCCGGCUGUUGUAGCCGCGCGGCUGCCUCUCUCGGCCUGCCUGCUGGCCGCCGCCGCCGUGCUGGCUGCCGUCGAAGUAUCGGCAGUAGAAGUCACCACACCAGAGGAGAUGUUUGUGGAAAAUGAAACAGAUGUAAAGCUUCCAUGCACAUUUACGUCUGUGGAAGUGAUCAGCAGUGCAGCAUCUGUUUCUUGGAGUUUUCAACCAGAGGGAGAAGCAACUCGUAUCUCAUUUUUCUAUUACUCUAAUGGGAAGCCAUACACUGGAAAGGACAUACCAUUUAAGGACAGGGUCACUUGGGCUGGAGACCUUAACAAGAAAGAUGCAUCUAUCAGUAUAUCAAACAUGCAGUUCCAGGACAAUGGCACUUAUAUUUGUGAUGUCAAGAACCCACCUGAUAUUGUUGUCAAACCAGGAGAAAUCCGGCUUAGAGUUGUGGACAAAGACAGCCUGCCUGCGUUCCCCAUUGCCAUGGUGGCAGGGAUAGUCAUCGGUACGGUUACAGGUCUCACACUGCUCAUCUCUAUUGUCGUGUGUCUUGUUAUGAGAAAGAACAACUCUAAAAAACGUUACUCUGGCUGCGGUACAUCUGAGAGCUUGAUGUCACCAGUUAAGCAGGCUCCGCAGAAGUCGCCCUCCGACACAGAGGGUCUGGUAAACAGCGUACCCGCCAGAUCACACCAGGGCCCAGUCAUUUACGCGCAGCUAGAUCACUCCGGAGGACAGCACAGCGACAAGAUUAACAAGUCAGAGUCUGUGGUCUAUGCUGAUAUUCGGAAGAACUGAGAUGUGAUCCUUAUCUGUCUAUAGCAAAACACACAUUCAGACUGGAAAUCCUUAAACAAAAUUUGACCCAGAGAACUCACAUGUGGCCUUUGAUGCCUAGGCUAGGACCAAUGCAUGUGCAUACAGAGGGAAAGAUAUCUAUGUAUUGUGUGUAAAUAGUCUAUUUAAUCGUAGAGAAGUGAGACCAAUGUUGCAUGUUGAAAUGCGCUAAGAAUUCCGCUUAUAAAUUGCCAAUAUUCUUUUUUGUAUCUUGUACGAUGAGAGAGAAAGUGCAAACUCACAUCACAAUUUAAGAAUAUUUUUAUUAAUGGAGAAACUGGAAGAUACCUGAAGAUUCUAGAUUGACCUGGAGACUUUUUUGUUUGUUUAUAGGACCUAAUUUCUUUAAUUGUUGUUGAGGUGAAUAUAAAGAAAGUAACUUUCGCAGGGUAUUCAUAUUUUCUUGAUCAGAUUAUCAGUGCAAAAGCUGCCUUCUCCUAUGAGGUAGACAUUCUCAUUUGGUCUUGUAAGCAGAAUUGUGACUCCUAGCUAUCAGAAAUAGAUGUCUUACCUCUGUAAGUGAAGGAAAUGCUUAGACCUACCUGACUUGUCUAACACAGUUCGCAGAAUUGUUUACUUCUAUAUCGAGCCUGUGUAUUCGAGCAGUCCGAGCUUAGGUACAGGGAUAGUGCUGAUCUAAUGACUUCUGUGAAAUUGUAGUUUACCUGUGAAAACUGAGGAGCUAGUAAAUUAAAGGGAUAAGAAGCUGUAGCUCUAGGUGGCUGAAAAGUUCACUGAAAGAGUCUGAGGCAACGAAGUGUUUCUUUCUCAAAAAUGUCACUUCAUAUGAGCACAAAAGAAGGGCUCCAAGCGAUCUGGAAGUUCUAGUAUUCCCUCACCUCUCCCUCAUGGCUCCACUGUACCUCUGCCAUUUCUGAAGAGAUGCUUUAUCUGUUCUCAAAAGCCUUUAAUGGAGGCUGAAUGACCUCUGGAAGAAAUCUAGAGCUUCAAUUUUUUUUUUUUUUUGUUAAUUAGAUGUGGGGUUUUUUUGCUUUUUUUUUUUUUUUUUUUUUUUUUUGCUUUUUUUCUUUUAUAAUCUUUAUUUGCACAGAGAGAUGAGGAGGGUGGUUUAUUUCCUUCUUCUCUACAAGUCUACUACUAGACUACCAGCACUCCAGCUGAGGUCUUUUCAGAGUAGCACGUAGUAAGUAGGAUUUCUGUUCUGUACAUCCUAAUGUAGUAUUAACUUUUCUCUAACAGCAGUUAAUUUUCAGUUUGAGCUACCAUAACCUCUUCUCUCAGAUUCUUACCCAUUUCCUAAUUUGGUCUAUUUCACAGAAUCAUUUACAGAAUGGUUGAGGUUGGAAAGGAUCUCUGGAAAUUAUCUGCUCAAACCCAGGCUGGGUUUAGCUAGAGUAGGUUGGCCGGGCCUGUGUCCAGUUGCAUUUUUAGUGUCUCUGCAGAUGGAAACUCUUCUGUCUCUUUGGGCAACCUAUCCCACUGUUCGGGCACUUAGAGUAAAAAAGUGUUUCCAUGUGUUCAGGUAGAAUUUCCUGAUUUUUAACUUAUAUCUGUUGCUUCUUGUUCUGUCCAUGAGUACUACUGAGAAGAGUCUGGCUUCCUCUUCAUUCUUUUUUUCUCAACAAAGUUGGGUGUGCAAACUUUGUAUUCUUUCAUCAGGAUCACGCUUGACUGGUUGCCUAACAGCACAUGCUUUUGUUAGAAGUAUUGCUAAAGUCUGAGUGAAUCCUGCUGCUGCUUUCCCUGUCAACUGGGCUGUUUCUUCCAAAUGUUUGUUUUACACUUAGCAAGAAAUGGAAGCUUAGUUGAUGGAGGACCUUUGUUUUGAUCUGCCUAUGGUCAUCGCUGUGCAUUACUACCUUUCUCCCUAGACAUUUUAGAGUAAAAGGGUGAAAUGUGAUUAAUUUAACUAUCAAAAACUUGGUGCUACAAGAAAAUAGGGCUGUCUGUCCUUUGCUCUGAAGUCACUAAUUGUUUCUGUGGGAUUUCUUUUUUCUUUGUUUGAUUGUUUUUCUGCUGGGAUAUACUGAAGAAUCUGAGCACAAUCCUGCUACUUCUGGUGCUAACUAUAGGAAAUGUAAUUUCAUUGCUUUUCUUUAGGUACAGGUUUGUUCAUAUAGCCUGCAUGGAGAAGUCUCAUUGCAAGGCUGCCUGGAUUCGGGCAGCCUUGUGUGUGAAGGCAGAUUAAAGUGUGGGUUUUUUUUGUUUUUUGUUUUUGUUUGUUUGUUUGUUUGUUUUUUUAAAUGUGGAACUUUUUUUUUAAGAAAGAAACAAACUCCCUUUCCCACAGGAAUAGGAGAAAUGAAUCUCAAGUAUGAUGGACAGCUUCUCUGGGCUGCCUGUUCUAGUGCUUUACCACCCUCUGAGUGAAGAUUUUCCUCUUAAUAUCUAAUCUAAAUCUUCCCUCUUUUAGUUUAAAAUCAUUCCUCCUUGUCCUAUCACCAUCAGACUGUGUAAAAAGUUGGUCUGUCUCCUGUUUAUAUGCUCCUUUUGUACUGGAAGAUCCUUUUAAGUACUGUAAGUUCUGGAGACUUUCCAGAACAAAGGGGAAUUUAGAUUAGAUGUUAGGGGGAAAUUCUUCACUCAGAGGGCAGUGAGGCACUGGCACAGGCUGCCCAGAGGAGCUGUGGAUGCCCCAUCCCUAGAGGUGUUCAAGGCCGAGUUGGAUGGGUUCUGGGCAGCCUGUGCUGGUGGGGGGCAGCCCUGCCCAUGGCAGGCAGUUGGAACUGUGGUUUUUAAGCUCCCUUCUAACCCAAGCCAUUCUGUGAUUCUGUGAACUUGAGGCAGCAUGGGACAAAACUGUUGUGAACUUUCUGGCACUCAGGUUGUGUUAGCUUGUUUAUUUGGAUAUGGUAGCCUGUGCUGAUGAAAGGGACUGAUGCUUAGUUGGUUUACUUAGUAAAGUCUCAAGUGACAGAUGACUUCUAAUCUCCUUGAUGGGUAGCAAGCAGAGAUUGAAGUCAAAGUCAUCAGACUGUGAUGUUAUGAUGACCAGAAGUUCAAUCAGGUGUCCUCUACUACUGCUAUUCUCUCAAUUGUUUGAUGCUGUUUUGCAGGUGGAAAAGAACAGCAUGUACUUUUAGGAAAAUGAAGUGUAUUGUCCUUGACCAGUUCCAGUACUGCUGCUAGCUCUUUUUAAGUCUGUCUGUUUUGAAAAGACUUGCUGCUUGCUGCAGCCCUGCUGAAGAACUGACAAGAUUCUUGAGGCAGUACUGAAUGACUGUUACGUGAGCAAGCAAUCAUGGAUGAUGGAGCUGGGGAAGGUCUGCGUGAUGUUGCGAUGUAAAAGAUUUACAGUGAAUUCUCUGCUGUGAGGGCAAAAAAAAAAUAGUCUUUUACAUGUAAAAGUGACCUUAUAUGCAUUGUAGGAGCACAGUUUGGGAAUGCCAGCUUGGGCUCUGGCUGCUGAGCCGGCUUGCACCCCCUAGAGACAAGAAAAUGAAUGGCAUCACUCAUCUUUGUCAUCCCUUCUUCUGAAAAGAACUGCGAAAUGAAGAGUUUUGUCUCUACUAACAAUGGAUAUAUUCUUCCUUACAACUGAUUAGCAGAAAUAGAUUUGGAAGGAUAUUAGGUAUAAUUAUAUUGACGUAAGUAAAUCAGUAGCUAUACUCAGCGCAUCAAAUCUCCAUGGCCUUUUUUGUCUUCAGCAGUUGUUCUGUGAGGGAGAUCAGCAGCGCGUUCAUUAGAUGGCACUAAAUUAAAUCAAAUUAAAUUUUAA